ACUCCAAAUAGGUGGACGGUAAAGUGAGCAGAGGAAGAUAAGCAGCGGAUGAAAGGAAAAAGAACAAUGGCGCUCCUUAGAUAUGUUAUUAAAUUAACGUUCAUAACUCCGCGCGUUACAUUUUAAGGCAAUAUGUUCAAUCGUGAACACAUUAAUUGUACAUGAAGUGUGAACUGGAAAAUAGAACCAUCAGUUCUCCCCAAAUACGUCUAGCCAGACGUAUCAGUAUCAUGCUACAGAAUUAAAAGGCAUUACUUUUUAAUAUAAAUAUUAUUUAAUCGAAACAUUGUGGUUUUGUGUUGUUUAAACACUUUCAACGUGAUGUGCCGAGACUUGCACGGCUCUUUCCCACUGAUACUCUCUGGUCCUCGUAUAAUAUUGAAAUAACGAUACUAAACGCAGUAAUAAUAUUAUAACCACAUGGCCUUGCGCGCGAGCCCGCGACUCGUACACUUCACAACUCGCGCGGGCUUUGUUGAUGCUUGCGGGAGUUCCGUUUACGAAGUACCUUUCACAAAAUACUGUGUAUUUUAUUACACUGAAUCCAUAAAAUCACAUAGAUAGACUGUGUUUUAGACUCUUAAUAGUUUAUUCACUAUUUCUGUCCACGCAAGCUUUUAUAAACUGAUACUCAGGCGCUUGCUUUACUGCUCAUUCUUUUACCUCAGAAAUAUUAGCCACCUAGCUAACAGCGAAUAACUGGAUAUUAGAGGAAGGUUCACAGCACAUAUUUUAGAUGUAUCGACUUGCCUUAUAGACGUUUCAUAUCUCAAGAAUCUUAUGUUUUGUUGUUCGUGCUCUUUCAGGAUGUCAAUGACACCCACAAGAUGUUAGAAGAAGGCGCAUUGUCCCUGGAUAACCUGUUUUAUGACGGGCCAGUGAUUCAUAAAGUGAAACCAUUAUGCAAGGAACAGGGUUCUUGGAUGUGCCAUGCUCCAGCUCCACCCUCUUUAUCACAAAUACCUGCAACACAAGACAUGCAGGCAGAAGCAGCACAACUUUCUUCAAAUGGUUACUCUCAGCGAUCCAAGAAAUUUCUCCCUCUACCACAAAAACCCAUCCACAACCCCACUGAAAGUGUCCAAGGGCAGACUGUGAGAUCACAGGAGCUGGUGGAAUUUGUUCUGUGGCAUUGUGAAGCCUCUGGAAAAACAGACAAGGCUGUCACGAGUAGCAGAAUCUCAAUGGGUGCAAUGCAGGAUAUGGAUUGCCUUUUGGAAACAAGAACUUUACCUCAUGCCAGUGCUCCUCCUUUCAAGACUCGGUUGUUCACAGCUCCCACAAGAAAGAUCUCAGGCAGUGGUGAAGACAGUGUCUCAAAUCCAAUGAUAUUGACAGCAAAUGAUGACCCUUUCCUUGAUCAGGUUGCCAUGACAACCAGGGGUCCAACGACAACACAUGGUGUUGCUACAUGUAGUCCCUUUAUUGGGUUGGGCCAAGCCGAGCAAUACCAUUCUGCAGAACAAAAAUGUGAUUUUCCUGCAAAAACAGCCCAUAAUCUCCAUCUUACUCCCAAACCUGUUGAAUUUGAAGGGACAUCUGGAAAAGGAAUCCUCCGUCCAGUCUCCGAAAUUCCUGCUAAAUUCAGAAGUGUGUUUAAAGAAUUUCCCUACUUUAACUACGUGCAAUCCCAAGCAUUGGAUGAUGUUCUGUACACCAGUAAAAACUUUGUUGCUAGUGCCCCCACGGGCUCUGGGAAGACAGUGCUCUUUGAGUUGGCUAUUAUUCGGCUUCUGAUUGAGGCUUCAGAGCCCUGGCACAAUGUCAGAGCUGUAUACAUGGCACCAAUUAAGGCUCUUUGCAGUCAACGAUAUGAAAACUGGAAACAGAAAUUUGGAGCUCUCGGACUGAACUGCAAGGAGUUGACAGGAGACACAGAGAUUGAUGAUAUUUUUGAAAUCCAGGAUGCUCAUCUUAUUUUCACAACUCCAGAAAAAUGGGACAGCAUGACAAGGAGGUGGAGGGAUAACUGUUUGUUGCCAUCUGUUCGUCUUUUCCUCAUCGAUGAGGUGCAUGUGGUGAAAGACAAAACCCGUGGUGCUACUCUUGAGGUUGUGGUAAGCAGAAUGAAAACCAUGUACUCGCAUUGCAUGGCUGUAAAUCCAGAAUCAAAAGGAUCCAUGAGAUUUGUGGCUGUCUCAGCCACUAUCCCAAACAUCCAAGAUAUAUCCGAAUGGCUGUCAGAUGAUUUAGGGCCUGCCACUUGUCUGGAGAUGGAUGAGAGUCAUAGGCCAGUGAAACUGAGGAAAGUGGUGCUUGGUUUCCCCUGUGGAAAUAAUCAGAAUGAAUUUAGAUUUGAUCUUUCUCUCAGCUACAAAAUGGCCAAUGUCAUUCAGACCUAUUCUGAUCAAAAACCAACACUUGUGUUUUGCUCCACAAGAAAAGGAGUUCAACAGUCUGCUGCUGUGCUUGCCAAGGAUGCCAGGUUCUUUAUGAGCAUUGACCACAAACAACGGCUGGUGAAAUAUGCAAACUCUCUGCUUGAUGCAAAGCUCAGAGAUCUAAUUAUUUGUGGCAUUGGAUAUCACCAUGCUGGUAUGGAGGUGUCAGACAGAAAAGUGGUUGAAGAUGCAUUUACAGGGGGUGACUUGCCUGUGCUAUUUACAACAAGCACCUUAGCCAUGGGUGUGAAUCUUCCAGCCCACCUCGUAGUCAUCAAAUCCACAUUGCACUACGUUGGUGGUGCUUGUGAAGAGUACAGUGAAGCUGACCUGUUGCAGAUGAUUGGGAGAGCAGGCAGACCACAGUUUGAUACGACAGCAACUGCUGUGAUCAUGACCCGGUCUCAUACAAAGGACAAAUACACACAGUUAUUGAGUGGAGUAGACACCAUAGAGAGCAGCUUGCAUACAAACUUGGUGGAGCACUUGAAUGCUGAGAUUGUUCUCCACACCAUAUCUGAUGUGAACAUGGCUCUAGAGUGGAUUCGCUCCACCUUUCUGUACAUCCGUGCUUUGAAACACCCCAAACACUAUGGUUUCCCCCCGGAGCUUGACAAAUGUGGAAUUGAAACUAAAUUACAAGAACUGUGCUUGAAGAACCUGAACUCUUUGGCUUCUUUGAACCUGAUUACUAUGGAUGAAGAUAUUAACAUCAAACCCACAGAGACCGGAAAACUUAUGGCUAGGUACUGUGUUGCCUGUGACACUGUGAGGCAGUUCAGUAUGGUUACUGGAACAGAGACCUUGCCCGAGUUGAUUGAAAUGAUAUCAAAGGGGAAGGAAUUUAGUGAUGUGCAGUUGAGGGUAAACGAGAAGAAAACCUUGAACAUGUUAAACAAAGAUAAGAACAGUACUACCAUCAGGUAUCCUUUGGAAGGAAAGAUCAGAAGUAAUUACAUGAAAGUGAAUUGUCUGAUUCAAGCUCAUCUCGGCUGCAUCCCUAUUCAGGAGUUUGGACUCAUACAGGACACUGGAAAGAUAUUCAGAAAUGGAAACAGAGUCAGCAAAUGUCUGACUGAGUUUCUCAGGCAUCACUCCAGAAAGAAUUUCUCUGCUCAGCUCAACUCUUUGAUUCUUGCCAAGUGUUUUCGAGCCAAACUGUGGGAGAACUCACCUUACAUCUCCAAGCAGCUUGAGAAGAUAGGACUAUCACACGCCACUGCUAUGGUGAAUGCAGGGCUUACAACAUUCAGCAAAAUUGAGGAGACCGGUCCCAGAGAACUAGAACUAAUUGUGAACCGACACCCUCCCUUUGGAAACCAGAUUAAGGAAGCUGUCAGCAAACUUCCAAAAUAUGAAGUUAGUUUGGAACAGAUUCCACGAUACAGUCUUUCCACAGCUGAGAUUGUUGUCACCAUGAACUUGAAGAACUUUAAGGAGUUGGCAUCGAAACGGACAGCACGAGACCACCAUCAUGUCACUCUGAUUAUUGGGGACUGUGACAAUAAUGUUGUUUUCCAGCAGAAAAUCUUGGACACAAUGCUCUUGAAGUCUGGAAGCUGGUCAAAGAGAAUCGAAGUACCAAGAACAUCUAAGGGAGAUGAGAUCAGCAUUAAUUUGAUAAGCUCUGAAUAUGUGGGUCUGGACAUACAGCAUUAUUUUAGUGCCUUCUACUCUGGAGCAAAAAGGUUUGGAGCUGAAUCCUACACCUUAGAAUGCCCUUCAUGGAGGAUGCAGAGGGUUCUUGACACAGAGAGGAGACUACAAAUCCCAGUACUGUCAAGUCACUCUUCUUCAAACAGAGAUCAGAAAUCUAGACGGGAACAACAAUAUGAUCAGCCCUCAGACAGAGAUCAAAUUGCUCAAGAUACUGUUAAGAGACAGUGCAAUCAUCUCUGCAGAAAUAAGGAGCUCUGUGGGCAUGAUUGCUGCAAAGUUGGAGUCGUGAUGAAAAGGUCUGUAAAUCAGUCCAUUUUCUCCUCAUACCAUCAAGAUCUAAAAAUUAGGAAUGAAAGACUCACCGUAACUCCUGUGAAACGUUUGAAGGUCAGAAAUUUGACUACCAAGAUGAUGAUGAAUACUGGAACAGCAGCUAUAAGCAUGCAGCAGUUCUCAUACAAACCCAAAGACACACUUCAUCCCAUCAAGAAGUUGUCUUUGUUAUUUUUGUUUUCAAGGUUCGAUGAAAGUCAAUGUUAUACUCAAAGUGCUUAUGAAAACACAGAAUUAGAAGAGGGUUUUGUUACACCCAACAACAAUUCCUCCUAUUAUGGGUACAACGAUUACCAGGGAGACUUGUAUUCUGAAAUUGGAGGCCCAGCAUUGAAACAUCCCAUGCAAACUACUGUUUCACCACAAAAGUUGUUGAUGCACAGUCACCUGAAGUCCCUCAGAGAUGUACAGAUGGAUGGAAUCACUCCAAAUAAAACUCAUGUUUAUUCUACCCAUGCAAGUUCAGAACAAAGCACUGGAAGUGGUCACCUCUGGUCUGAUCCUUUCAAUGUGACCUUUGACCUGGGAGUGAAUGAUUGGGAUGAUUUUGAUGAUGGUAACUUGGUCCGUGCUAGUGAGUUGUGUGGUGAAUUCGUGGUAAAUAAUCUAAACAUGGACCAUGAUCAACCAACAAAUGCUGGGUGUUUGACUUCAGUCCCACAUACUCAAGCCAAAACCAAACAGGGAGCAGUAAGUCAUAUCAUCUCACAAAGGAUCCAACCUAUGACUGUUGCACCUCAGACUAGAGUGUUCUCAGAAAUAAGCAUGAACACACUCUCAAACCAGAGUGAGGCCAAAAAAAGCAAGGAAGUCCAAGGAAGAUUUGAAUUUUUCUCAAGGUCAUAUACAGCUGAAGGGGAAAACACUUUUGUUAACAGGGAUUGUGCGGAGGACAUCAGCAACGAGGCCAAUGUUUUUCUUGGUAUAUUCGAUGGACUUUUGUAAAGUUGUGGAGUGUUUUAAAGGGCCCCUGACACUUUUAGCAAUAUUAAGUAUUGCCAAGAAUCAAAGUUCCUAGUUCAUAGGCUAUUUCUUGAAUUUUCCGGCAUAAGAAUGCCCUUUAUUUAACUAUAAUUCACUUUUGCAUCAAAACAUGUAGAAUCUGAAAUGAAAUGUCAAUUACAAAUGAAUUACUGUUAUUUUGUUCUGCAACAACAAUAAAGUUAUUAGAUGUGAGCAAAUAGUAUCCUAUUGAUA